UAGAGGCGCGGCCGCGGAGUUGCGGAGCGCCCUGGAGGCCGCGCGGGGACCGAGCCUGGGUCCAGGCGCCGCCACCAUGGACAUCCCGCCGCUGGCCGGCAAGAUCGCGGCUCUGUCGCUCGGCGCCCUCCCCUUGUCCUAUGUGCUCAGCCACGUCUCGGCGCUCUCGCACCCCCUGGGGCUGGCAUUGAUGAGUGCCCUGAUCCUGGGUCUUCUUUUUGUGACUAUCUACAACUUGUCCCCCGGCGAGAUCUACUAUGACCCACUCUAUGCUGUAUUUGCUGUCUUCUCCUUCACCUCUGUGGUGGACCUCCUGAUUGCUCUCCAGGAAGAUGGCUACGUGGUGGGCUUCAUGGACUUCUAUAACAAGGAGGGAGAGCCCUACUUGCGCACUGCACACGGAGUCUUCAUCUGCUACUGGGAUGGCACGGUUCACUACCUCCUCUACCUGGCCAUGGCUGGUGCCAUCCGCAGAAGGAAGAGAUACCGGAACCUUGGACUAUACUGGCUGGGAUCUUUCAUCAUGACCAUCCUUGUGUUCCUCCCAGGAAACAUCCUUGGUAAAUACAGCUCAGAGGUCAGACCCACCUUAUUCCUUGCCAUCCCCUAUAUGCUAGUCCCAUGCUGGGCUGGCAUGAGGAUCUUCAACCAGUCCCGGGCACCAACCUGCUGUAACCCCACUAUGGUACAGGAGGAACAAAGAAAGGGCAUCCUGAGACGUCCAGUUGACCUGGCCCUUGUCGUAUACCUCACCCUCACUGGACUCUUCACCUUCUUCCGGGGCCUGGUGGUGCUUGACUGCCCCACAGAUGCCUGCUUUGUCUACAUCUAUCAGUACGAGCCAUACCUACGGGACCCCGUGGCCUAUCCGAAGGUGCAGAUGCUGGUGUACAUGUUCUACGUUCUGCCCUUCUAUGGCCUGGCUGCCUAUGCCCUCAUCUUCCCUGGCUGUUCUUGGCUGCCUGACUGGGCCUUGGUGUUUGCUGGAGCUGUUGGCCAGGCACAGUUCUCACACAUGGGUGCCUCCAUGCAUCUUCGCACGCCCUUCACCUACCGUGUGCCUGACGACGCCUGGGCCAGCUUCUUCGGGUACAACCUGCUGUAUGCACUGGGUCCCCAUCUGCUGGCCUUCCGCUGCCUGUGGUGGCCUGCCUUCUUCCUGCGCCCACCUCCUGGUCCUCUGGCACACCACAAGAAGGAGCAUUGACAGGGCUGGAGACGACCCAGGACUCGGUUUCCAUGCCCAGCCAACCCUGCUGUGGGAAGGAUGGGCUGGGUCUCUUAGAGAUAGGAAGUACAUCCCCAGGUGUCUUUGGUUCUGGCUAUGGUGGUAUCAGGCCAAUGAGCUGGAUGGGAGACCCAGGGGACACAUGUGCCCUUGAGGGCUAGACAUGUUCAACUGUCAUGGUACCCCAAUCCCACACAGACUGUUCUACUCCAGAAUUUACCCAUCAUACCCCCAUGGAUCCUUUUAGUAAAAAAAACCUUUUGAUGCCCAAAUAUUGCUGCUGCCUGAGUGUUUCAGGAUUCAGAGGUGAAGGACUUGCUUCACCCCAUGAGGGCCUACCUAUCACUGCCAGCAUGACCACCAGGAGCCAGAGGUGCUGGACAGCAGAAGUCGGCCUCUGGCUGGUGUGCACAGCUCCAUCUUCCAGAUGGGGAAAACGGAGGCUCAGAGAGGUCCAAAGACCAGCCUGAGGUCAGUCAGGAGAGAAACACCCAAAAUAUGACAAUAAAUUAUAAUAACAAAUGGUGUGGCACAGUUAUU